AUUGAUCUCCAAUGUUGUCAAUCUACACACAGUACGGUGUUCAGCCUACUAUGACCUCGCUUGUCGAUCUCCGUCAUUCGCAUCCAGCAAUCUAGCGAUCCUUGGACAUCGUCAGAUGCAUGGAUAGGUGGCUCAUCUAGAGCGAGGGUGCGCCGUCCCGUCAUUGACAUAGCUCUUCUGGAGAUUCGUGAGACUAAUCUGUGUUGGAAAUCUAGAGCGUACGACACUGCAAAGCUAAGCAUUUGUGCAGGAAGCUCGCAAUGGUCCGCGACUUUGCCAUGGUUUCAUCAACGUUCGAUCAUUCCAGGAAGCCACAUCGCCAUCGUUAGUUUCGAGUACUGAUUCAUUGGACUCCUGAAUCUCCCCUGUCCUCUGCUUCUGCGUGGCUCCCUACCACGCGCCUUCUUGCCCUCCUUGUGUAGCCUCCGGGAGCUCGAAAGUUCGUCGUAUCCCUUGCCAUUAUCCCCCUCGGCCCUCCUGCGCUCAUGGCCACCCUUCAGCGCCUUUCAAUAUCACUACCAAAGCUGGGUGAUCAUCAUACGGAUUUGUGGAGCCCAGAAGUUCCAGAGUAGAACGCCUGCAAGAGAGGAACUCCGGUAUCGUCGUCCUUGUGCUGGACAUGUUUCUGAUGUCGUCUAUGUGCCAAAAUUCCUGCCAUCAAAGUCGAUGCCAUCGGAAACAUCUUCAUCUACAUUGAUGUGAGAAAUGCCGACAGGAAAUGCUGGUGGGAUGUGCUUCCCCAGAGGCGACAGGCAGGUUGGCUAUUUGUGUACCAGAGCAACCUACAGUAAAAUUGUCUUACGAAUUUCAAUCACGAUGAUAUCUAUCAGACUAUGAUACCGCCGAGGCCUAGAACUCUGCUUCCCAAGGACUUGAAGCGUCUUUAAUGAAAGGUACGAGGUUAGGGAAGUGAUCAUCGCUAGACCGUACAGCCUUCCAUCGUCGCGGAUACAAGCUGCGUCGUUAGGUAGUUGUCUGUAUCUUGUUCUCGUCCUCCACUGUCUCUUUGUGGCCCUAGACAUGCUCUUUACACCUUUUCCUCGAGGCUACUCAGUGGUAGUCUUCAUUUACGCCUUCAUUUUCUUCAUCUCCGCCUCCAGUGCACUCACCAACGUCACUGUCGAUGAUCAGGGCGCAGACCCCACGACGACGUAUGGCAUAUCAUACACAUCCGGUUGGAGCAUUGGGCAGACGUGCACUGGCUGUUCAGCUCAGCCAGAUCCCGCACAGGCUCAUGGUGGUACUUGGCACGAUACGACGUAUGAUCCAUCAAUAGAGGGUCGGAACACGCCGCAAAACGCGACGUUCGACUUCACCGGAUCGGCCGUAUAUGUUUACGGUAUUCUCUCGCACUCGACAACAGCGCCUGUUAGUGGCGCGGACAUUACGUUCUUCAUUGACGGAGUCAAAAGGGGGAGCUUCAGUUUUACACCGAACGGCCCUCAGAAUACGUAUACGUAUAAUCAGCUACUCUUCACGAUUGACGGUCUCGAAGAAGCGUCGCAUGCGUUUGUGCUGCAAAACGGACAAAUUGACGGGCCGAUCAGUCUGGUAUUGUUGGAUUACCUGAUAUACACAAAGUGAGCACGCUG